CUUUUUGCAACCAAAACACCAUUGAAAGGAUGUCUGGCUACGGCGGCGGUCGAUCCAACGGCGGCGGUUACGGAGGCGGUGGUGGUGGUUACGGUCGUGAUCGUGGUGAUCGCGGCGGCGACCGCAACGGCCAUGGAGGCGGUGGAUUUGGGCGGUGGUGGCUAUGGUGGAGGAGGUGGUGGUGGUGGUGGUGGCUACGGCGGCGGUUACGGCGGCGGUGGUGGUGACCGAAUGGGCCACCUCGGCGCUGGCCUGCAACGACAAGAAUGGGACCUUUCCGCCCUUCCUAAGUUCGAAAAGGACUUCUACAAGGAGUCUCCUGAUGUCGCCGCCCGCGACGCUGCCGAAGUCGAUGCGUUCCGUCGCAAACAUCAGAUGACCAUUGCCGGCUCAGGAGUUCCCAAGCCCGUCGAGACCUUUGACGAGGCUGGAUUCCCUCGCUACGUCAUGGAUGAGGUCAAGGCUCAGGGCUUCCCUGCUCCUACCGCCAUUCAGUCUCAAGGAUGGCCCAUGGCUCUUUCUGGACGUGAUGUCGUCGGUAUUGCCGAGACCGGUUCCGGAAAGACUCUUACAUACUGUCUUCCCGCCAUUGUUCACAUCAACGCUCAGCCCCUCCUUGCCCCUGGUGACGGCCCUAUCGUCCUGAUCCUGGCCCCCACUCGUGAGCUUGCUGUCCAGAUUCAGCAGGAAAUCUCAAAGUUCGGUCGCUCAUCACGUAUCCGCAACACCUGUGUCUACGGUGGUGUCCCCAAGGGCCCCCAGAUUCGCGAUCUCUCCCGUGGUGUUGAGGUUUGCAUUGCCACCCCUGGCCGUCUCAUCGACAUGCUCGAGGCCGGCAAGACCAACCUUCGUCGUGUAACCUACUUAGUUCUCGACGAGGCUGAUCGCAUGCUGGACAUGGGUUUCGAGCCUCAAAUUCGCAAGAUUAUCGAGCAAAUUCGACCUGACCGACAGACUCUCAUGUGGUCCGCUACAUGGCCCAAGGAAGUCCGUGCUCUUGCUGCCGAUUUCUUACAAGACUUCAUCCAGGUCAACAUCGGUUCCAUGGAACUGGCUGCCAACCACAGAAUCACCCAGAUUGUGGAGGUUGUUACCGAAAUGGAGAAGAGAGACCGCAUGAUUAAGCAUCUUGAGAAGGUCAUGGAGAACAAGGAGAACAAGAUCCUCAUCUUUGUUGGCACCAAGCGUAUUGCGGACGAGAUCACCCGAUUCCUUCGCCAGGACGGCUGGCCCGCUCUCUCAAUUCACGGAGACAAGCAACAAAACGAGCGAGACUGGGUCCUCGACCAGUUCAAGACCGGAAAGAGCCCUAUCAUGGUUGCUACCGACGUGGCAUCCCGUGGUAUCGAUGUUCGCAACAUCACCCAUGUGUUGAACUACGAUUACCCUAACAACUCGGAGGAUUAUAUCCAUCGUAUUGGUCGUACCGGCCGUGCUGGCCAGAACGGAACUGCCAUUACGCUCUUCACCACUGACAACCAGAAGCAGGCCCGUGAUCUUGUCAAUGUGCUCCAGGAGGCCAAGCAACAGAUCGAUCCUCGUCUGGCUGAGAUGACCCGCUACGGUGGUGGUGGCGGCCGCGGCUACGGCGGUUACCGUGGCCGUGGAGGCGGUAGAGCCAACUCCAACAACUACCCACUGGGCAACCGUCGGUGGUAAGACAGAAGAAAACCUGCGCGCGUACCCACGCAGUGAACCGGACAAGUGCAACUCUUUGCAGAGUUUAGAAUGAAUGCGCCAUGUCCUGGAUCGCAUGACACAAAAACGUGAACGGCCCAAUGCACUCAAACGGCGUUUGAUAGAGGACAGGAUUGGUUUCAAU